AUGAGGCGAGGCGCCGCUUUUGCGUUGGCGCUCGCGCUGCUCGCGACGGCGGCGUGGACCCCCAUCGGCGCCGCGCGCGAGAAGACCCCGAACCUCGACCCGACCGCGGGCCACCGCCUCCGCGGAGGCGCGCCCCUGUUCGACACCGACAACGACCCGAGCACGAUCGCCCCGGGACGAGGCGAGAUCGGACCAACCGCGCCCGCGCCGGCCACCGCGUUGGCCGUCCCGGAGAUCCCCAAGGUGCUCCACGUCGUCUGGAAGACCGAAAAGCUGCCCAAGUUCGCGGAGAAGUACGUCAAGUCGUGGACGGACAACCACCCGGGCUGGGAGGUCCGCCGGUGGACCGACGAGUCCAUGGCUGCAUUCGUCAAGGAGCACUUUCCGCGCGACGUCGCCAUGUUCCGAUCCUUCCCCACCGGCGUCUUCAGGGCGGACACGUUCAGGUACAUGCUCAUGUCCAUCAUCGGGGGCGUGUACGUCGAUCUCGACAUGGAGUCCCUACGGCCCAUCGACCCGUUGCUGAGGGGCCAGAGGUGUUUAGUUGGUCAGGAACCUAGCGCGCACGCGGCGCUCAUCGUCUCCGUCCCUCGGCACGCGUGCAACGCGUGGCUCGCGUCCGCGCCGGGCGUACCUUUUUGGGACGAGGUUUUGGCUGAGGUGAGGGUUCGGUCAAAAGGGGUGAUGUCGCGGUGGAACCCCCCGAGCGUCACCGGGCCGGAGAUGCUGGGUUCGGUGAUGGAUCGGACGGGUCACGGCGACGGGGGUUGCGGGCUGGUGGAUCCGCCCGAGGCCUUGUACCCGGCGGUUGAUAAGAGCGCGUUCAACUCGAUGAGGGAGCGGUGCGAGGGGAUGGCGCCGCCGGCUGGCGGGUGUCCGACGCCGGAGUACGUCCUGCGUGGGUUGGCGCCGACGGGGCCGCACGCGGCGGUCGCGGGCGUGGCGGUGAGGGGCGAGGCGCCGGUUGAGAUUUCGUUGGGCGAGCCGAUUGGGGAGGCGCCGACGAUGGCGUGGGUGUGCUGCAGGCUGGCGCGCGAGGGGUUCGUCAACCCCGACAGGGAGGAGAUGGUGAGGCGUGGGUCGUUCGCGUUGCAUCACUGGGUGCACACGUGGCUGGACGGGCCGGACGCCCGCGUGACCAACGUGUGGAGGAGGAGGAACAUCCUGGACGACGAUCGUGAGUGGUGA